GUAACGCAACUAAUAAAGUUUUAUUUGAACAACAUGGCGGCGCCCUGUUAUCGGUGUGAGUACUGUCUGCUCAGCUGCUGAGAAAGAUGAACCGAGCGUGACAUGGACUGGACAUGAAUUAAUAUUGUCUACAUGACUCAAGAUAUUCCUCGGUACUGCUGUUAUUGUGCAUGAUGCAUGAAACUUGUCAAUUUGCUGUGUAUUCUUUGGGACUGCUGAAGCGGGCGGGAUGCCUACGUCCUUGGUUCGUCCAGGCCACACCCACCAUCAGGUCUGGCAUUCGGAGCGUGUUCAGCGAAAGCGGAGUGUGGGAGAGAGAUUACAGGGCAGACACCAGACGUAGGGUGGAGGCAUGGUGGCAUCCCCGCAUCCAGGAGCAAUGGCACAAGGACAUGAAGGAGCAGUGCACCCAGAAGAAGAAGUUUUAUGUCCUGUCCAUGUUUCCUUACCCAUCUGGACGUCUGCACAUGGGCCAUGUCAGGGUCUACACCAUCAGUGACACCAUCGCCCAUUUCCAACGCAUGAGAGGUCAUAAGGUUCUGAACCCGAUGGGCUGGGAUGCCUUCGGCCUUCCUGCUGAGAACGCUGCCAUCGAGCGUGGCCUUGAUCCUGAACAGUGGACUAAGAGUAACAUCCAGUCCAUGCGGGAGCAGCUGAACAGCCUGGGGCUGUGCUUUAAUUGGGACAGGGAAGUCACUACUUGCUUGCCUGACUAUUACAAAUGGACUCAGUACUUGUUUGUGAAGCUUUAUGAAGCAGGACUGGCCUAUCAGAAGGAGGCGCUGGUGAACUGGGACCCGGUGGAUCAGACAGUCUUGGCUGAUGAACAGGUGGAUGAAAAUGGCUGCUCGUGGCGGUCUGGUGCCCGUGUGGAGCAGAAGCUCCUCAGGCAGUGGUUCAUCAAAACCACCAACUAUGCCAAGCCUCUCCUGGAUGCCUUGGCGGAUCUCCCGGAGUGGUAUGGUGUGAAAGCGAUGCAGGCCAACUGGAUUGGGGAAUGCUCAGGCUGCUAUUUCGACCAUGUGCUGAGGUUGAAUGGCAAAGAGACAGGUGAGGUGCUGGCUGCUUACACAUCUUCCCCUGAAGCUGUGUUUGGAGCAGCGUUUGUCUCCAUCCUGCCUUCUCAUCGGCUUUUGCACGGCUCCAGUCCUGUAGGACCUGCCCUGCACAAAGCACUUCAGCCUGGAAGAAACUCACUCAGUGAGGUCACCGCGCUUAACGUGUUCACCGGGCGUGAGGUUCCGGUUGUCGUCUCUGCUAAGACUGAGUUUCUGGGACAUCUCGACACUGUGAUAGGCAUCCCUGACAGCAGUGAGGAGGAUGUGUGUGUGGCCCAGGAGCUGGGUUUGAGCUGGGAAUCGGUAGUGAAGAGUGAAGAAGAUGGAAGUCACACUCUAAUCAACUCUGCUGAGUUCACAGGUCAGACCCGAGAGAAGGCCUUCAACUCAAUUACCCAGAAAGCUCAGGAAAGAAAUGUGGGUGGUUACCUGACAAGUUCAAAGCUGAGGGACUGGUUGAUCUCAAGGCAGAGGUACUGGGGUACGCCUAUUCCCAUACUGCAUUGCAGCUCUUGUGGUCCUGUCCCAGUUGCUGUGGAGGAGCUGCCCGUCAUGCUUCCUAAAGUGGCUUCGCUUACAGGGAAAGGGGCAUCACCGCUGCAGUCGGCCCCGGAAUGGGUCAACUGCACAUGUCCCAGGUGUAAAGGUCCUGCUCAGAGAGAGACAGACACUAUGGACACUUUUGUGGAUUCUGCCUGGUACUAUUUCAGAUACACAGACCCACACAACUCAGAGAGGCCUUUUGAUCGCUCUCUGGCUGACCAGUGGAUGCCUGUGGAUGUGUAUAUAGGAGGAAAAGAGCAUGCAGUCAUGCACCUGUACUACGCCCGUUUCCUCAGUCACUUCUGCAAGGACCAGGGCUUGGUCUCACACAAGGAACCAUUUAAGAAGCUGCUGGUGCAGGGCCUUAUUAAGGGUCAGACCUUUCGAUUGGCUGAGAGCGGGCAGUAUCUGAAGAAGGAGGAUGUUGAUUUCACAGCCUCCGAGCCUGUCCAGCGAGAAAGCGGGAAGCAGCUGCAGGUGAGCUGGGAGAAGAUGAGUAAGUCCAAACAUAACGGUAUAGACCCUGAGGAAGUGGUGCAGCAGUAUGGCAUCGACACCGUGCGCCUCUACAUCCUCUACGCUGCUCCACCCGAGCAGGACAUCCUGUGGGACGUGAAGACUGACGCUCUCCCAGGUGUGCUGCGUUGGCAGUCUCGUCUCUGGGGGCUCAUCACUAAGCUGAGAGAGGCUCGUGAGGGCAGCGACACCCCCAACCCCUCUGUCCUCAACAAGAAAGAGCGCUUAGAGGCCCGGAAGAUCUGGGAAAACAAAAAUCAAUCCAUUGCUCAGGUCACCACUCACUUGACAGAAGACUUCCUGUUGAAUGCGGCAAUCUCGCGGUUGAUGGGCCUGACCAACACACUCUCACAAGCGUCUCCUCGUGUGGUUCUGCACAGUGUGGAAUUUGAGCAGGCCCUAGUCUCGCUGUGUGUGAUGGCUGCACCCAUGGCCCCUCACCUGACCUCUGAGCUUUGGGCAGGGUUGUCUCGGGUGAGAAACCCUCUCGACCCUGCACUCUUUGGGACUGGAGAUGUGCUGCAGCAGCGCUGGCCCACUGUGGACCCAGAGUACCUGCAGACUCCUGACACACUCGAGGUGUCUGUACGGAUUAACAAUAAGGCAUGUGGGAGUGUUACUGUGCCUCGCCAGGUGGCUCAGGAUGCUGAGAAGGUGCGAGAGCUAGUACUGGGCAGCCCAUUGGGCGUGAAGCUCCUUGCUGACCGUGUCAUUAAGAAAGCCAUCCUCUCUCCCAGGACUGCUCUCAUCAACUUCCUGGUAGAAGAAUGAACUGUGUGUGAGAGAGAGAGAGAGAGAGAGACCAUUGUGCUUUUCCUGUAUGUAAAUGGUCAAAUGAGCUGUCAUUCAAGAUCUCCAGACAAACUGAGGAGACAAGGCCUUUGCACUUUGACAGAAGAGUGGAUGGAGAAUGAUGCACCUAUCUGUUUUUAAAUAAAAGACACUGAAUAAAGACUAUUUUUUACAGAUUA